AUGAAGCUCGCGGAGGACAAGAAAGAGGAGGCAUGGCCGUCACCAGAAGCCAUAUCCGGCUCUUCGAACAGCUACUACAACCUUGUCAUCCGCUUCGGCUCAGGAUGGCUCUCUGCACGCGACUACUUCAACAGACUCUACUUUCGACACCUCGCUGCCCGCUUGCCAGGCCGGAGUAGCCACUGCGUCGCCAACACAGCCGACUACGUCUUCCGCGUCCGCUCGCAAGCACUCGGCCCACCACCCUCAAAACGAGACACAGUGCCCAUCCAGCCACUCUUCCACCAAUUCCAACGCCUACCUACAGAACUCCAAGAGAUGAUCCUCAUGACUGCCGCCGGACUUACCCGCGACUACGACCUCACCAACGACGCGCGCAGGAACUGUGCCAGAGCCUCCGAAAGAGCCAUCAGUUUAUCAACCUUACUACGCAUCUCACGCGGCAUCCACGACACAAUGCGCCCAUACAUAAUGCGCAGCACGACCUUCCAUUUCGGCCUCAGCGGAACGACAAACUUCCUCUGGCAAUGCGGCCCGACUUAUCGUCCCCACAUUAAACGCUUGGCCUUCCAUUUCGGGAAGAAUGCUUUGCUUCAUUGCGUGCGCUGGUUAGCUUCUGAUGCGAUUUUCGAGUUCCUAGAGCCGCCGCAGCCGAAUGGAGGGACUGGGUUACCGCUGUUUUGGCGCUGUCAGUUGAGAGCUCUUGCCAAGGAAUUGCACUUGCGGGAGCUUGUUAUUGAUAUUGAGGGGAUUCCGAAGGCGGAUGUUGCUAUGGUGGUUAGGGUUAUGAGGGAGGCGUUUGGGGGUGUGGAGAGGGUGAAGUUUGUGGAGGGUUCGCCGCCUGGGAAGACAGAGUUUGUGGAUAUGAGGGAUGAACGGUUAGCGGGCAUCGGCAAGGAGACUUGGAGGGAGCUGGUCAAGGGGUAUAUUGGGAGGUAUGAGCGCCAGAUUGGGUGGCAUAAUUGGCAUUUUAAGAUGGAUUUGGUGGGCUUGAAGGAGCAUGAGCUGGAUGCUUUGAUGGACAAGGAGGCGGAAUUUUUUGAUAGUUGA